CUAACAAAAAAAAAAAAUAAAAUAAUAGUACUAGUUGAAGAUUCAGGGCGGGAGCUAAGAAAAAGCUGGAGGAACCAAACUUUGCAAUCCCACUUCAACUCCAACCCCAGUUUUGGAAUACUACACAUUCAAAUGGAGAUUCAAGUAAACACAUAAGACACCGCUUUUACCAACUCUGCCUCUGUGCGCUGUCUAUAUGUACCCAUCAUUUGCAUGUACCCAUUUUUCAAGCAAACACAGUCUCUUCACUCCUCACUUUCUUACUGUUCUACUCUCCUACACCACUCUUUAUCUCAUAAAUCCUUCAACUUUCUCAAAACUGUCCAUGCUCACUUCCUCAAAUUGGGUCUUAAUACCUAUACAUAUUUGGGUAACCGCUGUAUCGAUCUUUAUACCGAAUUUGGCCAUAUUGAUGAUGCCUUGAAGGUGUUUGAGGAUAUUUCUUAUAAGAAUUCCACUUCCUGGAACAUUUGCUUAAAAGGGUUGUUCAAAAGUGGUCAACUUGACAAGGCCUGCCACAUGUUUGAUGAAAUGCCUGUUAGAGAUGUUGUUAGUUGGAACACUAUGGUUUCGGGUUAUGCGUCUUGUGGGUUUUCUAGUAAUGCCUUGGAGCUUUUUGUUGAAAUGCAAGAUAUUGGUGUGAGACCGAGUGUGUUCACUUUCUCAAUUUUGACAUCGGUUGUGUCGAGUCCUUGUCAUGCUAAGGAGGUUCAUGGUAGGAUGAUUAGAAGUUGGAUGGAUUUGUCGAAUGUGGUGAUUGGAAAUUCGUUGAUAGCUAUGUAUGGGAAGUUUGGUCUUGUUGAUUAUUCUUUUGGUGUGGUUUUGACUAUGAAGCAGCUUGAUGUUAUAUCUUGGAAUUCUUUGAUAUGGGCUUGUCAUAGAGCUGGGUGCCAAGAGCUUGCGUUAGAGCAGUUCUGUUGCAUGAGAGCUGCUGAGAUGUUACCUGAUCAGUUUACGUGUUCGAUGUUGAUGAGUGUUUGUUCCAGCUUGCGAGAUUUGGAAAAGGGUAAGCAAGUUUUUGCCUUUUGUUUCAAGGUGGGAUUUGUUUAUAAUAGCAUUGUGUCUGGUGCUGCUAUUGACCUCUUUUCCAAAUGCAACAGAUUGGAGGAUGCUGUGCGGUGCUUUAAAGAACAAGAACAAUGGGAUUCGGCUCUGUGCAAUUCCAUGAUUUCUUGUUAUGCUAGACAUGGUUUGGGAGAAGAUGCUCUUCAGCUCUUUGUGUUGACCUUGAGGAAGAAUAUCAGACCAACGGAAUAUACCGUUAGCUGUCUUCUGAGUUCUGUUUCUAUUUUCUUGCCAGUAGAACUGGGUAAUCAAAUACAUGCUUUGGUUCCUAAGUUGGGUUUCGAGUCAGAUGCGGUUGUUGCCAAUUCACUUGUUGAUAUGUAUGCUAAAUUUGGAUUUAUUGAUGAUGCCUUGAAUAUCUUCAACAAAAUACAAGCAAAAGAUUUGGUAUCAUGGAACACUAUAAUGAUGGGACUGUCUUACAAUGCCAGAGUGUCUGUGACCAUGGACCUCUUCAAGGAAUUGAUUAGAGAAGGAAUGCUACCUGAUCGAAUAACAUUUGCGGCAGUUCUACUAGCAUGCAACUAUGGGAGUUUAGUUGAUGAAGGAACUAAGAUACUUUCUCUAAUGGAGAUGGAAUUUGGAGUAAAACCAGAGGAAGAACAUUAUUCAUAUGUUGUAGAGAUGUUAUGUAGAGCUGGUAAAGUCAAAGAAGCCAUUGACAUUGUGGAAAAAAUGUCGUGUCGAACUACCCCUGACAUUUGGAGGUCAAUUAUUUCUGCGUGUGCAAGAUAUGGAGACUUGCAAGCUAUUGAAAUAGUUGCAACAAAGAUAAUGGAGAGGUCACCACAAACAUCCUUACCGUACUUGGUGUUGGCUCAGGUAUAUCAGAUGAGAGGCCGCUGGGAGAGCACGGUUCGAGUGAGGAAGGCUAUGAAAAAUAGAGGUAGUAGAGAGCUCAUUGGAUACAGUUGGUUGGGAAUAAAAAACCAUGUAUAUACUUUUGGAUCAAACCAAUUACAGCACUAUGGUGGCAAAGAUAUUUAUAUGCUACUGAAUUUACUGGCAUGGGAGAUGGAGACUAAUUGUAAUGUCUAGAAAUUGUACGAAGUUGGAGGGGAAUAUGGAUAUUUGAAUUGAAGUGGAUUACAAUUUAUAAACUUUGAUUCUGAAUUCUGGGGAUCAUGUAAUCGGAGUUACGGGCUUGGAUUAUUAAUGCUGGAAACGGGAUGAAAUUUAUAAUGAAGCAGAUACAAAGUAAAGAUAGCAUGAUUUUUUAUAAGCAAACAUUAGUACAUAACUUGUUAGGGAAAUGAGGAAAUGUUAGUAGCAGAUAUCAUCAUACUCUGAACCUCCUUCAUAAUGGUUUUUCGAAGCCCCAACUUGAACAAUUGGACUAAUCAUUCGGGGGCAUCAACUUUCUUAUAUAUAGUUGUUGAGGUAUUUAUAUUUAUUGUAAUAUCAUUUGUUAGUAUCUUUUAGAAUUAUGAUAGGAUCACAUUCCUAUUUAGAUUAUAUCUCUCAUGUACAUAAAUAGUGGUUUCUACUUUCACAAUAUGAUGAGAAAUAUUCACAUUCAAGUUGGUAUAAGAGCAUGGUUCCGAAAUCCUAGUUUGGGUUCUGCCGCCAUGAAGGCUAUGGCCUAGAUUUGUUUUCUCAGUUUAGUUGCUGGAUGUCCAAGGGGCACCAUCAGCUGACCCAUAGCAGUCACAAGCCUGACUGAAAUCCUAGUUGUAUCUUUGAUCUCUUGAUAGUAUCCUCUGGUUUCAAAUGUUGCUUGCAAUUUGUGUUACUUCUGUUCAUUGUGUUGGUCUGUCCAAGUUAUCCAUUUUUUAUAAUUGACACAUUCGCUUUCUCUUAAUUGUUGUCUGCAUGAUUAUUGUAAUGUGUUUUUAAGACUGCAUACAAAAUCACAAGAUUUACAAUAGAAGCACUUCAUUUACAUGGUAUUAUUUCUGGACUGUGAAAUUGCUAAUUAUAAUUUUACUCAUCUUAGUUUAAUUGCGUCUUACUAUGGUAUUGUUUUUGGAUCAUCAUUCCCUACAUGUCGCGUUUAGUCAACAGGUUGUAUUUCUAUAUUUUUUUAGAAGCUUAUUUUCAAUUUUAGUGAUGAUUUCAAUCCAAAUUGAGUUGUUUGUAAUUUUAAUGAUUUUAUUCACUCAUCUUUUGUUUAUUUGCUGAACAUCGGACAAUAUAUGGUAUUAAAGUCAAUUGAUUCGGGUCAUCUUCAGGCCAUCUACCAUUUAUAUGUGCACAAAGUCCAAUUGUACUGGACAUUUAUAUGUGCACAAAGCCCAAUAGUACUUGGUGGAAGGGGGUAUGCUUGUGUGUAUGGUGUAAAUACUUUUUGGUAAAAAAUUGCAGAAUGUUUUAUAAUUGUCAAUAAAAGUAAUGAAAAACUUAUUUUCUUCAUGGGUUAAGAAACUAUUAAACUCACGUAAAUUCGAAUAUAUAAAAGCGAGCAAGUUGGUAUUUCUUUUUAUACUAGGAAAAUGUUUCUUAAUUAUUUUUUUGAUUUACCAUAUUUUUCAAAAUUAUUUACAUCACAUGAAGUUAAACAAGAUUUAAUUAAUCUAUUCUUAGUGCUAAUACCAACAAGAGAUAAUCUAAUAUGCCAUAAAUAAACGGAUUCAAUCCUAUAAGUGGAAAUAGAAAUUUUAUUAAUAAUGUUCUCAAUAUUAC